UAGCGUCAAACGCAUCCAACCGCUUCGUUUCCGCGAACGAACGUGUUUCAAUACGGGAAGAUUUUUUCAUUUUCUAUUUGCCGAAAACCACGACAUACACGCGUUUAGCUUCAUCCUGAUUUUUGUUCGUUAACAUUUCUCAUUUGACUUAGGUGGAGUGUAGAGGACUCUCUGAAGAUGUUUUGUCAAGCUGUGCUAGUCCUUCUCGUAUCCAACUGCAUCCUGCAGGGGACGACAGAAAGCACCGAGGAAACUUCCAGCCUUGAAUAUGACAUAAAUGACGGUCUGAUGAUGAUUGACACGAGCAACGACGAGCAAGUGAUGGCGAAGUUUGCGGAAUUCAAAAAUAUUUUCACUAGAGACUACGCGGACGCUGCGGAGGAGGAGAAAAGGUUUAAGAUUUUCAAAGACAACCUCAUCAAGGUCCAAAAGUUGAACGCAAACCCCAACGAUGACGCCAUUUACGGCAUCAACGCAUUUUUCGAUCUAACCCCGGAAGAAAUGAGAAUGCGCACCGGAUUGAGACCGCCUCAACCUAAAACUUGAUCUGGAAAACGUUCCCUCACCCUCAGAAUGCAUCCUGGAUUAAGAAUCAAGAUUUACCAGGAUAUUUUCUCUGUCUGAUUUCUCAAUUACAGAGUGGUAACUUCUCGUGGCUAUGCAAAUAAAAAGUUUUGGUACCUCAAUAACUCAUAUCAAAACUCUUUAUACCAGUGUUACAUUUUUACUGUUACACUUCAGUGGUGCUUAAAAAAAAGAAUAAACAUUUAUGCCGCUCGCCAGUAGCAAUCACUGGCAAUCAGCAACUUGUUUCGAUAAAUUGGAAUCUUCCUCAUUCAAUCUCGCCUUCAUUUUUCCGCGAUACUCAACGCACAGUCACGAACUUAGUUAGGUUGUCUAUCCGACCUGAAAUAAACUGAAGACACUGAUUUCACGACUUUCUCGAGCGAGUGUCCUAGAUGCCACCUUGUUUUAACGGAAGAAAAAUCGCCUACGUCAACUUAAUUAAGAGGCAACAUAAUCAAUACUCUUUUUAUGCUCCUGAAUUUUUUCAUCUUAUGAUUUUGUAUUUAUCACACCAAAGUCUUGCAAAUUGCCAGCGAUUGCUAAUUGCCUACGGCAUAGAGUUCGAUUAUAUACCCCUCAA